AUGAGGCUCGUCUAUUUCAGCAAUGAAUUCCCAAGGGACGACCUGGUAGACGUAUUCCGUCACCUACACAACCACAGCAAAUCUCAUGAUCAACAAACUUUGGCCGAAUUUAUAUCCAGGGCCACUUGGGUCAUCAAGGAAGAAGUUCGGCAGCUAUCGAUGGAGUUGAAGGAGCUGAUCCCACCAUUUGAUACCCUUUUAAGCUGGGCAGAAGACACAGAGCUUCGGGAAGGCUUGAUAUGCGGCGCCGUGGAUGGUGUGCUGCUAGUUGUCGUUCAACUGGCGACUUACAUUGGAUAUGCAGAGAAGCAUCCGGAAGAGCUGCUGACUGAAUUUUCAAACACGAGUCUCGCUGGUCUGGGUAUCGGCCUUCUGGCAUCGACUGCUGUCUCAUUGUCCUCGACGUUGGCUGAUUUGCCUCGUGCGGGGGCAGACGCCGUCCGCCUAGCCUUCCGGCUGGGCACCCAUGUCCAAGGUGUCUCUGCAAACCUGGAAGCCCGUGAGCUGUCAGAGCGUCCAGCCACGUGGGCAUAUGUCGUUCAUAAUGUGGACCCAGACGCCGCGCAAAAGGAGCUCGAUACGAUCCACUCUGCACAGGGGAUUCCCGACACCGGCAAAAUCUUUGUCAGCGCCGUCAGUCGGACUUCGGUCACCGUGAGCGGUCCACCAGCCAGGUUAAAUGCGCUGUUCAAUACGUCUGAUUUCUUCCGCGACUCCAAGUUUAUUCCUCUGCCAGUCUAUGGCGGCCUCUGCCAUGCAUCACAUGUCUACGGCCUGCGGGAUACUCAAAUCAUCGUCCAGCGCAGCUCCCUGAGCACAGUCAGCACAAAUGCUUGGCCGGCGACACCAGUCUACUCUACUAGCACUGGUCUAUACUACCAAGCCAAGAAUGCCACUGAGCUGUUUGAAGCUGUAGUCUCGGAGCUUCUCACCCAGGCCAUCUACUGGGACCGCGUCGUAUUUGAUGCGGUCCAGAGACUCGAAAACACGGGUGCCUCGGAACUGGCGCUCUAUAGCUUUGGAAACUCGAUCCCUCUCAACGACCUGACCACGGCGUUGCAAAGUAGUAUCACAAACCCCGAAGUCUCCGUUAACAACCUUAUGACAUGGGUCACCCAGGUCGCGCCAGCAGACACAACCCCACGCAGCCCUGCACAGUCCAAGCUCGCCAUUGUCGGCAUGUCGUGCAGACUUCCUGGGGGUGCGACAAAUACCGAGAAAUUCUGGGAGAUCCUAGAGAAGGGGCUGGAUGUCUCGCGGCGAAUCCCAGCAGACCGUUUCGAUGUGGAGACACACUACGAUCCAACCGGCAAGGAUCUCAAUAAGACGACGACCCAGUAUGGCUGCUUUAUUGAUGAACCUGGUUUGUUCGACGCGCCUUUCUUCAAUAUGUCACCCCGUGAAUCUCAGGUUGUCGAUCCACAGAUGCGUUUGGCUCUUGUCACGGCCUACGAGGCGUUGGAGCUUGCUGGGUAUGUUGGGAACCGGACUGCGGCCACACAGUCGCAGCGCAUCGGUACAUUUUACGGCCAAGCCGCGGAUGAUUAUCGUGAGGUGAAUCAAGGCCAAGAGGUUAGCACCUACUAUAUCCCAGGUGGUUGUCGAGCCUUUGGCCCUGGCCGUAUCAACUACUUCUUCAAGUUUGCUGGUCCCAGCUACAGCAUUGAUACCGCAUGCUCUUCGGGCCUUGCAGCGAUCGAGGUCGCCUGCCAAGCCCUUUGGAACGGUGUCGUGGAUACUGCCGUCACCGGAGGCGUCAACGUGUUGACUAACCCCGACGGCUUUACUGGAUUGUGCAACGGCCACUUCCUCACCAAGGGACACAAUGCGUGUAAGACAUGGGAUGCCACCGCCGAUGGAUACUGCCGUGCGGACGGCAUUGGAAGUCUUGUUAUUAAGCGGCUCGAAGACGCCGAAGCAGACAAUGAUAAUAUCUUGGGCGUCAUUCUCGGUGCCGGCACAAACCAUUCUGCAGAGGCAGUCUCUAUUACCCACCCGCAUAGCGGUCACCAAGCCUAUCUAUCUCGUCAGGUUCUUCGACAAGCCGGCGUCGAUCCCCUGGAUGUGUCCUACGUCGAGCUCCACGGCACCGGCACUCAAGCCGGUGACCAUGAGGAGAUACAGGGCAUCCUAGACGUGUAUGCGCCACUCGUCCGGCGUCGCAGCAAGGACCAGCCAUUGCAUAUUGGCGCGGUUAAGGCAAACGUCGGCCACGGCGAGUCUGUCGCAGGGACCACUGCAUUAAUCAAGGUGCUUCUGAUGCUCCAAAAGAGCGCCAUUCCGCCACACAUCGGCAUCAAAACGGAGAUCAACCCCCGGUUCCCUCAGGACUUUGAUAAGCGCAAUCUCCAUAUUCCAACGAAGAUGACAUCCUGGCCCCAGGUGUCUGGAAAGAAGCGCAUAGUAGCAGUCAACAAUUUCGGCGCCGCGGGUGGCAAUACCGCUAUGCUCCUAGAGGAGGCGCCGGUUCGCGAUAUCACUGAUGCAGACCCGCGCCAGACUCAUAUUAUCACUGUCUCUGCCAAGGUCAAGGCGUCUUUAGCGGGCAAUAUUGAGCGCCUAAUUGCCCAUCUUGAUGUCCAUCCUGAUGUUAGCCUGGCUAACCUUUCGUACACAACGAAUGCCCGUCGCUAUCAUCACACGCACCGUGUCGCGAUUGCCACCUCUAACGUCCCACAUCUGAAGAAGCAGCUGAAUUCUAUCUUGGAGAAGGUGGAUUCAAUUAAACCUGUUAGAAAGUCUGGCCCCCCACCAAUCGCAUUCAGCUUCACCGGUCAAGGCGCGUCGUACAAGUCAAUGAGUUUGGAGUUAUACCGCGAUGUGCCUACCUUCCAAGAGUGUAUUCAGCACCUUGACUCAGUCGCUCGAGGACAGGGCUUUCCAUCCUUUAUUCCAGCUCUUGACGGGUCAUACCCUAAGGGCCAUUCCCACUCUGCCGUUAUUACCCAACUUGCCCUAGUCUGUACUGAGAUUGCUCUGGCCAAAUAUUGGGCUUCCCUGGGAGUUAGGCCAGAUGUUAUUAUCGGUCAUAGCCUCGGAGAGUACGCGGCAAUGCACAUCGCCGGUGUUAUCACCGCUAGUGAUACUAUAUUUAUGGUUGGACGCCGAGCCCAGAUGCUCGAGGAGAGGUCUAAGAGUGGCAGCCACAAUAUGAUGGCCGUUCGGGCUGCUCUUGCGCAGAUUGCCAAGAGCGCAGAAGGCAAGCCAUACACAGUCGCUUGUAUCAACAGCCCAUCAGAUACGGUACUUAGCGGGACUAAGGAGCAGAUAGAUGAUAUCGCAGUCUCCCUUCAGAAGGCCGGCUACCAGUGUAUCAAGCUGGACGUUGCAUUUGCCUUCCACUCCGAGCAGAUGGACCCUAUUUUGGAUGACUUUGAGGCCAUUGCAACAACAGGUGUCAUCUUCCAGGAGCCUAGAGUGCCUGUGAUCUCUCCCCUACUCGGCAAAGUCAUUUUCGACGGCAAGACGCUGAAUGCAAACUACGUGCGCCGGGCCACUAGAGAGACAGUUGACUUCCUCUCUGCGCUAGAAAAUGCCCAGAAGGUUUCUACUAUUAGCGAUGACACUGUCUGGAUUGAAAUUGGGCCGCAUCCGGUGUGUACCGGCUUCAUAAAAACAACCAUCCCGUCUACCGAGCUCGCUAUCCCGUCGAUCCGCCGUGGAGACGAUAACUGGAAGACCAUAGCGGAGAGCAUGGCUGCUCUACACCUGGCCGGUGUUGAGGUCGGAUGGAACGAGUUCCAUCGUCCGUUUGAGCGCAGGCUCCGCCUCUUAGAUCUGCCGACAUAUGCUUGGAAUGAUAAGAACUACUGGCUGCAGUAUAACGGGGAUUGGUGUUUGACCAAGGGCAAUACAUUCUAUGACACCGAUAAGGAAGCGGCUCGAGCCAAGACAGCGCCAAAAGCAUUACCAGCCAGUGAGAUUCAGACCACAACGGUGCAGCAGAUUAUCGAGGAGAGAUUAGAUGGCUCUGCUGGUACGGUCACCAUCCAGUCGGAUCUUAUGCAGGCAGACCUUCUGGCUGCCGCUCAUGGGCACAGCAUGAAUAACUGUGGUGUCGUCACAUCGUCCAUCCACGCCGAUAUUGCAUACACCCUCGGCAGCUAUCUGCACCGCAAGCUGAAUCCCAAGGCUAAGAAGGAUAUCAACAUGAACAUUGCCAAUCUCGUAGUCACCAAGGGUCUUGUCGCACAAUCCAACAAGAAGAUCCCUCAGCUAUUCCGCGUGACUGCUACCACGGCUGAUGUUGGCUCGGGAGUCGUCGACUUGACCUGGCAGAACGUAGACAAUGAUGGCCACGCUCAUGAGCCCUUCGCCACCGCCAACAUUUAUUACCAGAACGAUGUCUCCGAGUGGCUCUCGUCGUGGGCCCCCCUCGCGCACCUCAUCCAGAGUCGGAUCGAAGCGCUGGAGCACCUGGCGACGCAAGCCAGAGCCAGCCGCUUCUCGCGCAACAUGGCAUACACCCUCUUCGCCAGCAACUUGGUGACCUAUGCGGACAAGUACCGCGGCAUGCAAUCCGUUGUACUACAUGACCUUGAAGGAUUCGCUGAUGUGCAGCUUACCACCAAAGAGAGCGGCGUCUGGACCGUCCCGCCGUACUUUAUCGACAGCGUCGCGCACCUCGCGGGGUUCAUCAUGAACUGCUCCGACGCCAUUGAUACGGCCAACAAUUACUGCGUCACCCCCGGCUGGAACGCGAUGCGCUUUGCAAAGCCCCUGAUCCCAGGUGCCCGGUAUCGUUCGUAUGUUAAGAUGAUCCCGACAACCGAGGACCCGACGAUCUACUUCGGCGACGUAUACGUCCUGCAAGAAGACGGGGCCAUUGUCGGAGUCGUCAACGGGAUCCAGUUCCGUCGCUACCCUCGCAUUCUGCUCAACCGGUUCUUCUCGCCGCCGGAUAAGAUGGCUGUGAUGGAGGGUAAGCCGCCCAACCCUCAACCACUACCAAAGAGGCUGCCCGCCACACCAACACCAGCACCAGCACCAAAGCCGGUCCUUCCUAGACAUGCCUCCGGCCUUGAAAGUGACACUGAGCCCCCCGCCGCUACGCCGGAAGAUGUCUCACCCACUGUCACAGAUGCCGCGGCCGCUCCAUCCAUCGAGGCCGCCGCUGCCACGGGCAGUAUCACCGCAAAGGCCAUCAUGCUGAUUGCCAACGAGGCCGGUUUAGAUCUUGCUGAUAUGGAGGAUGGAGCUGGGUUCGCUGAGCUAGGCAUUGACAGUCUCAUGUCGCUGGUCAUAGCAGAGAAGUUCCGUACUGAGCUGGAUGUCAAGGUCAGCGGGAGCCUGUUUUUGGAUUAUGAAACUAUUGGCGAUUUGAAGGAGUGGUUGGAUGAGUAUUACAGCUAG